AUGGACUACCAGAACCGAGCAGGCUCCAAGUUCGGCGGCGGCGGCGUCGCGUCGCACUCCGCCACGAACGCAGACAGACGAGAACGACUCCGCAAGCUCGCGCUCGAACACAUCGACCUCGCAAAGGACCCGUACUUCUUCAAAAACCAUGUUGGAAGCUUUGAGUGUCGUCUCUGUCUUACCGUUCAUCAAAACGACGGCUCCUACCUCGCCCACACCCAGGGUCGCAAACAUCAGACCAACCUAGCCCGGCGUGCAGCACGCGAGCAAAGAGAAGGCCGAGCCCAAGAUGGCUCUGGCGGUGCUUUGCCGGCUGGCAACAUGGGCGUACAAGUGAAGCGCAACACGGUCAAGAUCGGGCGGCCGGGUUAUAAGAUCACCAAGAUCCGAGACCCGCUUACGAGGCAGCAUGGGUUGCUCUUCCAGCUUCAGUAUCAGGAGAUUACUCCCGGUGUUAAGCCCAGGAUUCGGUUUAUGUCUGCCUUUGAACAGAAAGUGGAUGAUCCGCCGGAUAAGGAUUAUCAGUAUUUGCUCGUUGCUGCGGAACCGUAUCAGACGUGUGGGUUCAAGCUGCAGGCGAGAGAAGUUGAUAGGAGAGAAGGGAAGCUGUGGACUUGGUUUGAUGAGGAUAGCAAGGAGUUCUGGAUCCAGCUGCUCUUCAAGACGGAACGUGAGGAGAGAUACAGCGGUGUUCCUGGUUUGGCACCGGCUGGCCUUCGGCGAUGA